AGACAUGAUGCAAACGUGGCCUGGGUGAUGAGCCGUGCGGUGAGCCUGUCUCGGGGGCUGACACCAUUUCAAGAGCCUCUCAUGGGGAGAGAGGGUGUCUGUGCAGGAGCGUCUCACCACCGGACUCCAGCAGGUGCCGAGGGGAAGGGCCUCCAAGGAGCUCAGUUCGGACAGAGGUAGAGAGAGAAGAUUCCAGAUCAUAAAUAGACCCAGCUUCAUGGCCACCCGCGUGCUCCUCCCGGGCAUCCUCCUCCUGCUGCUGCCCACGCCUGCCCCUGCCCCCUGCCACACAGCUGCACGAUCCGAGUGCCGGAGAGCCCGCCUGUUCGUGCCCGGCGCGUGGCUGGCAGGGGAGGGCGUGGACGUGACCAGCCUCCGGCGCUCAGGCUCCUUCCCAGUGGAUACACGGCACUUCCUGCGGCCAGACGGCACCUGCACCCUCUGCCGCAACGCCCUGCAGCGGGGCACCCUCCAGCGCCUGCCCUUGGCACUCACCGACUGGCGCACCCAGGGCUCAGGCUGCCAGCGCCACGUGGUCAGGGCCAAGAGCAGCUCCACUGAGGCCAUAGCCCGGGAGGCGGCUGGCAACAUCCGCAAUGACUGGCGGGUGGGGCUAGAGGUGACCCCCAAACCCAGCAUCAAUGCACGAGUGGCCGUGGCUGGCUCGCACUCCAAGGCGGCUGACUUUGCGGCCCAGAAAACCCACCAGGACCAGUACAGCUUCAGCAGCGACUCCGUGCAGUGUCGCUUCUACAGUUUACGCCUGGUGCACUCUCCCCCACUCCACCCCGACUUCAAGAGGGCCCUCAGGGCCCUGCCCCCCCACUUCAACGCCUCCACCGAGCCGGACUACCUCAGGCUCAUCUCCAACUACGGCACCCACUUCAUCCGCUCCAUGGAGCUGGGCGGCCGCAUCUCGGCCCUCACCGCCCUGCGCACCUGCGAGCUGGCGCUGGACGGGCUCACGGCCGACGAGGUGGGGGACUGCCUGAGCGUCGAGGCCGAGGUCAGCAUAGGCGGCCGCGCCAGCGCCUCCUCGGAAUACAAGGCCUGUGAGGACAAGAAGCAGCGGCACAAGAUGGCGACUUCCUUCCACCAGGCCUACCGGGAACGCAUGUCCGAAGUCGUUGGCGGCGACCACACCUCCGUGCACGACCUGCUGUUUGGGAACCAGGCCACGCCCGAGCAGUUCUCAGCCUGGGUUGCCUCGCUGCAGGCCAGCCCCGGCCUGGUGGACUACGCCCUGGAGCCCCUGCACGUGCUCCUGGAGAGCCAGGAGCCGCGGCGCGAGGCACUCAGGCAGGCCGUGAGCAAGUAUGUCACCGACAGAGCACGCUGGAGGGACUGCAGCCGGCCCUGCCCCCCGGGGCAGCAGAAGAGCCCCCACGAUCCCUGCCAGUGUGUGUGCCACGGCUCGGCGGUCACCAACAGGGACUGCUGUCCCCGGCAGAGGGGCCUGGCCAGGCUGGAGGUUGUGAACUUCGCGGCGACAGGCCUGUGGGGAGACUGGGUCACUGCCACAGACGCCUAUGUGAAGGUCUUCUUUGGAGGCCAGGAACUGAGGACAGCCACGGUGUGGAACAAUAACCACCCCAGGUGGAUGACACGGCUGGACUUCGGGGACGUGCUCCUGGCCACAGGGGGGCCCCUGAGGGUGCAGGUCUGGGAUGCAGACUCUGGCUGGGAUGAUGACCUGCUCGGCAGCUGUGACCAGACUCUGCACUCUGGUUCACAUGAGGUGACAUGCAACCUGAACCAUGGUCGCCUGAGAUUCUCCUACCACGCUAAGUGCUUGCCUCACCUGGCGGGGAGAACCUGCCUGGAGUACGCCCCCCAGGGGCUUCUGGGGGAGCCUCCAGGAAACCGGAGUGGGGCAGUGUGGUGAGAACAGUGGGCCUCCAGAGAACCGGUAUGCCCAGACUGGAGGCUUCUCAGAGGGAGCCAGAGCCUAUCUUCAUAUCCCCACUAGACAGUUGGAAAACAGGCUUUAUUUUUUCAGUGAGGUGGCCGAAUUUACAGGCCAGCCCUGAGUCUCCCUGCAAACUGCCUUAGCUCCCCGAUAUUCUUCAGCCUUGGAAAUGAGCUGGGGCUAGGCCACUGCUGUGUACCUGCUGCUCCACAGGCCACAGCUUCGGUCAGGAGCUGGGCAGAAGGCCAGGAGGCUGCUCCCUUCAGGCUGCUUGGUGUCAUGUAAGGCCUCCCCUUGUGGCCCUUUCUAGCGUGGUGAAGUCUCCAUCAUAGUAGCUCUAACCCCUUCUCCCCCGGCUUCUCUGCUUGCUCUCUCCUUUGCCCUCCAAGCUUUGCCUCUCAGAUAAAUCAAGAGCUGUCUUGACCAGUCUCAUUGUGUACAUAGCCUGACAAAUGACCAAUAAAUGUGAUGUGACAGUGAC